AUGGAGAAGUUCAUCUCUUUAGCAUUUCAUCUUUUGCUCGCUUCCCUAGUGAUGUUUCAGCCUGCCAUUUGCUCCAGCAACUUCACUGAUCAAGAUGCGCUCCUCCGCUUCCAAUCAGCGAUCGAGGUCAACCCGAUGAACACCAUCAAAGGCGGCAAUUGGACCGCGGAAGCAAACUUUUGUGAAUGGAUUGGUGUCGUUUGCAGCAACCGCAGGCAGAGAGUCAUGGCUUUAGACCUCUCGCACGACAUUACUUUGGCCAAGGCCAAUCUCACAGGUUCAAUUCCUCCAACACUUUUCAAUGGAUCGCUCACCGAUGUCGACUUUAUGUAUAAUAAUCUCUCAGGGAGUCUUCCCUCCGAUCUUUGCUCCCGCUGGCCUAACAUUCGGAGGCUUUUGCUGUCUUACAACGAAUUCAGCGGCAUGCUACCAGAGACGCUAACCCAAUGCAAAGAGCUUCUCGUGUUGUCGUUGUCACACAAUCGUUUUCAGGGAAGCAUUCCUCGAGACAUGGACAGCUUGCAAAAGCUGCAGGAGCUCUAUCUCGGCAGUAACAACUUGACUGGCAUGAUUCCUCGAACCAUCAGUAACAUGUCAAGCUUGCGCAUGCUGUACGUAGGAAUUAACCACAUCGAAGGGGACAUUCCGAGUGAGAUUGGCAAGUUGGUCAAUCUGAAUGAAAUGAGCCUUCAGAAUAAUCUGCUAACGGGCGAAGUGCCAGAGGAGGUUUUUAACAUUUCUUCUCUACAAGUGCUUUCUUUGAGGGGCAAUUCCCUCUCCGGAAGCCUUCUCCCGAGUAGCGAACUAAGCCUUCCAAAUUUGGAAAUACUCAUUCUCUCGGAUAAUGGCUUUGGUGGCAACUUCCUACAGUAUAUUUCGAAUUUUUCGAGCCUAAUCCGUUUCGAUGCUGGGAAAAAUCAACUCAGCGGACCCAUACCCACAAGUUUGGGCAACUUGAAGAACCUCAGACUCUUUGCGGUUGCAUCAAAUCAGCUAACAGGAGAGACUGAUGGUUCGGAGCUUGGUUUUAUCUCUGCUUUAUCUAAUUGCCAAUCGCUUGAAAUUUUGAUUCUGGAAGAUAACCCGCUUCGUGGCUCCAUACCAGAAUCUAUCAGAAACUUGUCCAGUUCCUUACAAUUUCUAUUCGCUCCAUACUGUCAAAUAAGAGGUCACAUUCCGGGCGAAAUGGGUUUCCUAAAGAGCUUGACUUUCCUAGAGUUGAGUGACAACGAUAUAGUGGGCAACAUCCCAUCAUCGAUCGGAGGACUAGAAAGCCUGCAAAGGCUGCAUCUUGAUAACAACCAUCUUGAAGGACCGAUCCCCAAUGAGAUAUGCAACUUCACAAGUUUAGGAGAGUUGCUGCUCCGGCAAAAUAGGAUAUCGGGAUCGAUCCCGAAUUGCAUUGGAAACCUGAGCAGGCUUCAAAAGUUUACCUUAAGUUCAAAUAACAUGACAUCGGUUAUACCUGUUAGCCCGUGGAACCUUGAAGAACUAAUCUUCCUCAAUCUGUCACUCAAUUCUUUCAAUGGAGGACUACCACUUGACAUGGGGAAAAUGAGAGCUAUAAACAGCAUUGAUCUUUCUUGGAACCGACUCACCGGUGCCAUAUCCAGUUCCAUCCAGGAGUUGAAGAGCCUUUCUUCUCUCAAUUUGUCAAGGAACUCGUUUCAAGGAUCCAUACCGCAAGCAAUCGGCAACCUCAAAGGAUUGGAUUUCCUCGACCUCUCCUACAAUGAGUUAUCAGGCGCAAUACCCAAGUCCAUGGAAGGACUUACAUAUCUGCAAAAUUUGAACUUGUCCUUCAAUAAGCUACCAGGAGAAAUUCCUAAUGGCGGACCCUUCGCAAAUUUCUCAGCUCUCUCGUUCAUUGGGAAUGAAGCACUAUGUGGAAAUGCGGCUUUUCAAGUCCCACCUUGCAAAGAAAAUGGAAAGAAAUCAUCAAGGGACAUGCCACUCCGGUACUAUACAUUAUGGUUCCAACUAAAACAUCAGAACACUGGCAAAAAAGCUCCAGUUUCAGUGGAAAACCCGCCUAGAAUUGAACACCCGAUGAUAUCAUAUCGGGAGCUUUGCUCUGCUACUAACAACUUCAGCGAAAGCAAUUUGCUCGAAGCAGGAUGCUUUAGCUCUGUAUGCAAAGGGACUCUAGUCAUUGGGACAGACAUCGCUAUUAAAGUACUGAAUCUCCAUAUUGAAGGUGCUAUCAAAAGUUUCGACGCAGAAUGUGAGGUUUUCUGCAAGAUCAAGCAUCGGAAUCUCGUCAAGGUGAUUAGCACCUGCACGAACACCAAUCUGAGAGCUCUGGUGCUGCAAUACGUGCCCCACGGGAGCUUGGAGAAGUGGCUUUAUUCCAACAACUAUAACUUGGGUCUCCAUCAGUGA